UUUUGCUGUGCGAUCCAGAUCACAAGCAAAAAUCUAGGCUAUUCAAGAAUUUUACGUUUAAUUGAAAUCUUUUUUUCAAAUAUGGGUUCUCGACGUUCAAGAUCAAGGUCAAGACAUUGCCGUCGGCAUUUUCAUCGUCACAGAGAAAGCUGCGGUUCCAGAGACAACGAAAGUCAUAGGAGGCUAUACAAACGAUCACCUUCCUUUUCACGAUCCCGCUCCCGCUCUCGUUCAGUCAGUGACACAUCUUUCUCAUCGAGAUACACUCGAUCGAAUAGUGAAUUAUCGGAGUUGUCCGUGUACUCAACGUACUCGGAACGUUCAUAUUCGUCGCUAAGGUCAUUGUGAUCGUUAUCGAGAUACGCAUAAGAGAAGGUUAGAUAUUCCCGAAAAAGAGGGAAAACGGCACAAGGCCGAUGAUGCGCGUUACCCGAGAGGAACGUCUUCUCGCAGCCGAAAACAUUCAAACCCUCGCACUGACCAUCAAAAUGCGUACAGGAAUAGUGUAGCGCGUAACCUGCGUGGUACAUCUCACUACAUGCGCUGAUAGUUAUUUUCUACAUAAUUGCAUGUAAAGUAACUGUCUAAUGUAUAAAUACUGGCGACAAAAAAGAUAAAGAAGAUGCACCUGACAAUGUCAACAAAGAUCUAGACACAGAAACAUUAAAACUUCUUGGCGAUGAAAGAGGUUACAGGACCAGAAAUUCAUGAAGCUUUAGCUACUCGAUAUAGUGAGAUUUUGUCAGGAGGCAUGGAUAAGGAAUGGAGAACUAGUCUGCUCAAAAAAUAUUUGAUUCCGUCUAACUGCUCACUAUUAAACGCACCGCAAUUAAAUGCUGAAGUAAAAAGCGUCAUGUCCAGCAUAGCGCUUAAAAAAGACAACUACAACGAAACAAGACAGCAACAGCUUGGAGCCGGCAUCACCGCGGUAGCAAAAGCCUUAACUGCUGUGCUUAAUAGUGAAGAAGACGGAAAAAAUGCUAACCUCAAAGCACUAUUGAUUGAACAUCUAGGAGACGGGGCAAGAUUGCUCGCAGAUCUUUUCUAUGAAUUGUCUAUUGCACGGAGAUCUUUUAUCAUUCCGGGGCUGAGUUUUAUAGCCAAAAAUGUAGCAGAAAGCUGCAAAGUGGACUCUCUUCUUUUUGGAAAAGAUUUUGCCGAGAAGCACAAAAGUGCUGUAGCGGUCGAAAAAGAAGCAAAAAGUUUAACUAAAACCACAAAAAUACUUCUAAUUACAGAAAAACGAACACACGCUACGAUUCAGGCAAAUCUUACGGGAGAUCUGAUGCUGGCACCAAAUUAAACUCCAAAGCCCCUCCCAAGAAGUAUACGAGAACACAUCGCUUGGGAGGGAACCAGAAGUACCUCUCAUAUGGGAACAAGAAUUACCAGCAACAGAAAACUCACCGUUAAACGGCGGAAUAUCCAACAUGGAAAUACCUUACGUUAGCAGCAGCGAUUAUAUCCGGAAAGCAUUUGAAAUGAAAAGCAUGCCUACUAUCAGCCUAAUAUCAAUAUAAGAAGCCAUUGAAGAUGUGGGAUGAAUUUUGUAAAAGAGAAAAAAUUUGCCCCUUCACUGCAAAUGUCUCUAAAGUUUUAUAAUUUCUUGAUCUCUCUUUUCAAAAUUGUAACCGAUAUGGAACACUAAAUACGUAUAGAUCCGCAUUAUCUUUGAUUCUUGAUAAAGAAAUAGGAAACGAUUCAUUUAUCACACGAAAGUUUAAAUUUAGAAAAGUUAACGAAAAAUUUGUAACAUUACUGGCACUAAUUACAGCUCAGCGAGUUCAGACAUUAUCUAAAAUUAAAAUCGCAAAUAUUAAUAUCAAUCCAAAUGUAGCCGAAAUAGUAAUUACAGAUAGAUUAAAAAAACAACAACCGAUGUCAACAAUACUCAAUCGAUCUUAAAGAUUCCAAUUUUCACCGAGAAAAUUAAUGUGUGCCUAUUUUCUUUGAUGAAACUGUAUUUAGAGAAAACGUCUAAUUUAAGACCUCCAAAUUGCGAAUAUUUACUACUAACUUUCAAGAAACCCUACCAUAGGGCGACACCACAAACUAUUAGUAGGUGGAUAAAGAAUGUGCUAUAAGAAAGCGGAAUAGAUGUUAAUAUAUUUAGUGCUCAUAGUACAAGAUAUGCUGCAACGUCAGCAGCUUUACGAAAUAGAGCCAAUAUCGACAUUAUUCGUAAAGCUGCAGGCCGGACCGAAAAGUCAAAUGUAUUUGCGCGGUUUUAUAAUCGACCAUUGUCAAACAAUCCUGAAUUUGCCAAUUUUGUUAUUUAAAAAAUAAAUGUACUGCUGAUACAAUGAUUUGCACCCAUCUUUAAACAACUACAUUUUGAUCUAGAAUACAGAAAUACGAAUCUCGAAACAAGGGCCAGUUUGUAUAGUCUAAAUCUGGAAGGCGUAUAUUUAUUUUGAGUGUUCGAUGUCAAACUAUAGUGAGAUAAAUAAAAACACAUACAAGUCAA